AUGGUUGAUCACCUCCUUCUGGGUCCUCGACCUCUACUACUUGUACUGCCCCAUUCUGCUCUUUCACAUCCACUCCCUUUCUUUUGCCUUUCCGAUAUGCCUUUGUCUAUUCCAACUCCUCGGUCCUCUCCGCCCUCCGCACCUGAUCCCGCCGCGGCCAUUGUAACAUCCAAGAGACCCUCCGUGGACCACUCUAUGGAAUCUUCUCGUGGUGGCUUGCCACCUCCCUCGACUCUGGCAUUGCCGCCGCCGGAUGUUGGCUUCUCUUCCAUGAAUUCUGUGAAUCAAUCGCUGCCGCGCCCUGCGGCGCAACGGCAGAGCGCCGAUGAUACUAGCCAGUACUGGCAUGCGAAGGCGGAGGAAGACCGGAGAAGGCAAGAGGAAGAACGGACCCACCAGGAAUCGCUGCGUCUAGAGCAGCGGAAGAUCGAACAGAGUAUGCUUCGAGAUUCCCUGCAAGCCGGCGUACCUCCUCAUAUGAUUCCGCUCAUCUUCGCGGGCAUCAGCCAGAAUGGCGUCCCCCAAUCAGUCAUAGAAUGGGCCCAACAACAUAUGACACAGGCGCCUGCCGGUCCCCGUGCGCCACCACCUUCGGCACCGGCUCUAUCUCAUUCAUCCCAUCGGCGCAGCUUGCACGCCCGCGGAGAGUCUCGCUCCAUUCCUCCUGGCCCUUAUGCGGCUCCACCACCGCAACAUGUCAUACCUCCCCCGGGGAUCCUCUUAUCACAACCUCUUCCUCCUUCCGGGCCAUCACCCGCUCCGCAGCCACUCGGCCGGUCUCCAUUACCCAAUGGACCAGCUGAUCCCCGGGGUCCGCCUAUGCCCCGACCCAACCCUGGUGAACCGCUAACUCAGCAGCAACCUCCGAUCAACUUGAGCAAUGUUCAUUAUGCUCCGGGGUCAUCUAUCCCACAUGUUCAACAUGGAGGGAGCAAGCCGGAUAGCCACCACCGUCAAUCUCCAUCCCUGUAUUUUCAUCACUGGGUCCCUCCAAAUCAGUCCCACCCGAAUACGCCCUCUGGAAGGAUCCGACAAGAAUCGCCCUUCGCAUCGCAAGUUUCUCGUCGCCCAGAGAAUAUAAGCUCCCCGGGACGGAAAAGAAAAGCUACCGGUCCUCACCAGCCGGCUCCUUUCCCGUCAUCACGCCCUUCUGAAACAAUUCCCGGUACUUAUCAAGUCUCCCGACCAAGCUCCCCGGUUCCGCAUGCCGACGUUUCGGUUCAUAGCCGUCAGCACAGCGGCGCAUCCGCCAUGUAUGAGCCCCGUGGCCUACAACAGUCAGGUUUUGAACGCGGUAGCCGAGCUGCGAGCCCAGCUCAUCAUGCGCAGAGUGUGAUGCCUCCCACAGAAGACUCGGGUUUAAGGAAAGACUAUAACCGAGUGGACGCUCCAGAACGUCGGGGCGAGGCGGCUCCAACGGAGAGUAGCGUGCAGUACCCACCUGCAGCGUCCCAACCACAGUAUUCUUCCAGUAUCGGGACUGCGCCCCCUGACUCGGAUUUGGACAGCAGUCCCGGGCCCUCUCCGACUUCAGGGAUAGCUCGGGCACCCACCCGGCCCGGUGACCAUGGUGCUGCGCCCCCAAGGUAA